AUGGGAAUUAGAGGCCAAUCAACAUCAGAAAAGAGAGUGGCACUGGCAAUCGACAAGGACAAAGGAAGUCAAUAUGCUAUCAAAUGGGUUAUUGAUCAAUUUCUUACCCGGGGCCAAGCUCUUACAUUGCUCCAUGUUACACGCACACCAAAUUCUGCUCCCAACCACACCUUGCCUGCAGCUGGCGGCACGGUUUUGAUCUCUGACGUGACAAACGACUCUCAUUCUGAAGAGUUAUUUCUUCCAUACCGUGGUUUCUGUUCGAAAAAGAAUAUCAUAUGCAAUGAAGUCACAAUUGAGGAUACAGAUGCACCAAAAGCAUUGAUCAAAUAUGUUGUGGCAAAUUCAAUUGAGAUUUUGGUACUUGGUUCACCAUCAAGAUCCGGUCUUUUCAAAAGAUUCAGAACCACAGAUGUUCCAAGCACUGUGUUGAAAGGGGCACCGGAUUUUUGCAGUGUGUAUGUUGUUGGCAAAGGAAAGCUCUCACAUGUCCGAACAGCUACCUGUACACCCCGACUAAAAGCUCCCCCAAGUAAUCAAAUACAGCAACAACCUGGCAAAGUUUCUGGAUUAAAUGAUAAGCAAAUGAUGAGCCACCGCCAAACUAGAGAAUCAGAGAGGAUGCGUUAUCACCACCCUAGCAAGCUCGAUGAUUUUGAAAUUAAGUGAGUUAUAUAUAACGCAUUCAGA